AUGGCACUGAUAAUUAUUAUCAGUGCAACGGUUGAAGUCACCUCGGUGAAAGGAAGGGCGGAACCACAUUCGUUUACAAUAGAUGAGCUGCUGUCGUCGCAUUAUGAACACAAGCAUUCAGAUGACCUUGGUAUGGAUCCUUGUAAAGCUGGUAACUUCCAAGGUGAUAUAGCAAUAUCUGAUGACUACUUCAAACCAGCGAAUACCGCUCCAUCCACAUCAAAAAUAAAUAAAUCCCUACAAGAAGAGGUAGAGCGGCUAAAAAAAGAAGUUCUUCUUGAGGGGUUACAAGUUGAAGAAGAAGGUCUUCCAGACAUCUUAAGAAAAAGAACUAAGCAACCCGCAUCUUUAGUUUUGGAGAAACCGAAAAAAUAUAACGAUGCAUCUUUGCAUACAAAAGUACUACCAGCUGGCUUAGACAAAGCACUAUUAAUAAAGAACGGCAAAUUACUCCCAGAGGAAAUCUUAGACAAUUACACUAACGUAGCCUAUCAAAAUAAAUCAAGUCCAACAAAUCAAAGUGCUAUUGUAGAUAAUCUAACAGAAUACGAAAGCUUAGAACAAGAUGGUGUUUUAGUAGUAAAUGUAUCAACCGAUAAUAUUCUCAACCUAGAAGACUUCUUCCCAAGUAUUCAGUUAUCAAAUUUAUCUAACAAAAUGGAUGAGGUGACGAAUAAAAUACAAAGCAACAGUCGGGAAAUCACCGGUGAUUCUAACAAUAAUAUAAAAAUGAAGGAUCUACCAGAAAAUGUGACCGUAGCACCUGCACCUACAAAUGGUGUUAUACCAACAAAUGAACAAGACGAAGAACUUGUUAGCAAAGAUAAGUUAACAAUAAAAAGAACUAAUAAAGGAAUAGAUGAUAAAGUUUAUGAAGCAAAUGAUUUGCUUAAACCAACAGAAAGUCUUCAGAGCCUUUUAGAUGAAACAGAAGUGAGAAAACGUCACAGAAGGCGGAGACAUGGUAACGGGAGACGACUUAGGAAUAUACAAUCCGGCGAAAGGAAGAGCAAGAACUCCCUAAAAUCUAAUGGGAGACUUAGGAAUAUACAAUCCGGCGAAAGGAAGAGUAAGAACUCCCUAAAAUCAUCUGAAGAGAAUCUCGGUGAAUCCCAUUUCGGUAGAAAGAAGUUUUUUCGCCACCAGAAAAAGUACGACGGAAAGGAAAUAAAAUAUAAAAAAUUCGAAAUACCUGAACACGAGUUCGAAGAAAGGUUCGAAGUGAAACCUCCGCCGAAGGACAACAAAAAUGUAACAGAAACGCAACAGUUUAAGGACUGGUUUUUUCGUGACUCCGACAUCGAUUUAGAAGCUAUGGAAAGUCAGUUCUACAAUCAUACAGAGGAACCUAAACGCAGACACCGCACUGUUCGAGCAGCCACUAACCGCAAGGAGCGAAUUUGGGAGUACGGUGUUAUCCCAUACGAAAUAGACGGUAACUUCAGUGGCGCCCACAAAUCACUGUUUAAACAAGCCAUGCGGCAUUGGGAGAAUUUUACCUGCGUAAAGUUCGUUGAACGGGAUUCCAGCAUGCACAAAGAUUAUAUUGUAUUUACAGAAAGACCUUGUGGGUGUUGCUCGUUCGUGGGCAAGCGGGGCAGCGGCGCACAGGCGAUAUCAAUCGGCAAGAACUGCGACAAGUUCGGCAUCGUGGUGCACGAGCUGGGCCACGUGGUCGGCUUCUGGCACGAGCACACGCGCCCCGACCGGGACAACCACGUGCAGAUCAUCAGAGACAACAUUUUGAGUGGUCAAGAGUACAACUUCAACAAGCUCACGUAUGAAGAAGUUAACUCGUUGGGUCAGACCUAUGACUACGACAGCAUAAUGCACUACGCAAGGAACACGUUCAGUAAAGGCACGUACUUGGACACGAUACUCCCGUUGGAAGUUCACGGGAAGAAGAGGCCGGAGAUCGGGCAACGAGUGAGGCUCAGCGCCAGUGAUAUAGCUCAAACCAAUUUACUGUACAAGUGUGCGAAAUGUGGGAAAACCUUCCUGGGUAACUCGGGGUGGUUCACCUCCCCGGGCUGGGGCUCAGAGGCGGCGCCCGCCGUGCCCGAGCGCUGCGAGUGGAGGAUCGUCGCCACGCACGGAGAGAGAGUUGUCCUCAACAUAACUGAAAUCGACAUUCACAAAUCGGACGGAUGCCGCUCCGAGUGGGUAGAGGUCCGAGACGGGUACAUGCCGAACGCGCCCGUUCUAGGACGGAUUUGUGGCUCUGGAAAGGGUCCGAUGAUGAGGUCGACUGGGUCCCGGCUUACCGUCGUCUAUCAACCAGGCUUAAGGCCAAAGCCGCAUAGGGGAUUCCGGGCUCAUUAUGAAGCGGUUUGCGGCGGCGACAUAGAGGUUGAUAACAGCGGCCAUUUGGAGUCACCAAACUAUCCCGAUGAUUACCAACCCAAUAAGUUGUGCGUAUGGAGGCUUUCCGUGCCACAGGACUACCAAGUCGCAUUGCGGUUUCAUUCCUUUGAAGUGGAGAACCAUGAUACUUGCAAUUAUGAUAAAGUGAAAGUGAGGGACGGUGAUUCUAUGGACAGUCCGCUCAUCGGGAUGUUCUGUGGACACAAGAUACCACCAGACAUCAGAUCAACUUCGAACAAACUCCUAGUGAUCUUCGAGUCGGAUAGCUCUGUGCAGAAGGCGGGCUUCUCGGCGACGUUUAUGAAGGAGUUCGAUGAGUGCGCGUCCAUCGACCACGGCUGCAGUCACUCGUGCGUGAACACGCUGGGCGGCUACGAGUGCGCCUGCGACAUCGGCUACGAGCUGCACUCCGACGGCAAGAAAUGCGAGAAUGCAUGUGGCGGUGUAUUAUACGCACCUAACGGUACCAUCACGUCCCCAUCUUUCCCGGACCUGUACCCACCUUCGAAAAACUGCCUGUGGGAGAUCGUGGCACCGCCUCAGCAUCGCAUCACUCUAAAUUUCACGCAUUUUGACCUUGAAGGCACCAACAAUAUGUACCACCAGGAGUGCGAGUACGACAGCGUGACGGUGCACUCGCGGCUGGGCGACGACGUGCUGCGGCGGCACGGCGCGUUCUGCGGCUCCGCGCUGCCGCCGCCCGUCACCUCCGACGGAUCCGUGCUGCGCGUGCAGUUCACAUCGGACACGUCGGUGCACCACUCGGGCUUCGCGGCCACGUACUACAUGGACGUGGACGAGUGCGCGGAGAACAACGGCGGCUGCCAGCACGAGUGCCGCAACACGCUGGGCGGCUUCGAGUGCGCCUGCCACAGCGGCUUCGCGCUGCACCACAACAAGCGCGACUGCAAGGAGGGUGGCUGCAAGCACGACAUCACGCAUCCGCACGGAACCAUAUUCAGUCCAAACUAUCCCGACACGUAUCCUUCUAGAAAGGACUGUGUCUGGCAAUUCUCUACGACUCCUGGUCACCGCAUCAAGUUAAUCUUCAACGUGUUCGAGCUGGAAUCACAUCAGGAAUGUACGUACGAUCACGUGUCGAUAUACGAUGGCGCGUCAGCAGAUGAGAAGACACUGGGACGAUUCUGCGGCAGCAAGUUGCCGCAUCCUGUUGUUGCCUCACAGAAUCAGAUGUAUGUCGUGUUCAAGUCCGAUGCGUCCGUUCAGAGGAAGGGUUUCCUAGCUACUUACUCAACUGCGUGCGGCGGCUACCUGUCGGCGACGGAGACGGUGCGGCACCUGUACUCGCACGCGCGCUACGGACACGACUCGUACGAGUCGCGCGCCAACUGCGACUGGAGCAUCGUGGCGCCGCUCGGCCACUUCGUGCGCCUCACCUUCCUCACCUUCGAGCUCGAGCCCGAGGCCAACUGCGGCUACGACUACGUGCAGGUGUUCGGUGGCCUGGAGGGCAGUGCCGGCGACUAUGGCAGCUUUUGCGGGACGAAGACUCCACCGGAAAUCGUUUCUACCACAGAGGCACUCCUCGUAAAAUUCCGUACAGACGACUCGAUAGUCUUCAAGGGAUUCUCAGCAUCUUACCAAGCGGUUAAACCAGAGUUAUGGAGCGAAGAAGACAGCUCUGAAGGUGGAGAAAUCGAAGAAGAAGAGGAUGAACGCAUGCCCCCAUUAGUUGUGGGGCGAAGGGGCUUACGCGCACCCUUACCAAGAUUUGUUAGGCGACCUACGUGA